UUUCACUUUGCUUUAUUGCGCUUCGUAGAUAAUGCUCUUUUUACAAAUUGAAGGAGUCUAUAGGAGCCAUUUUUACAACAUAUAUACAGAUGUAAACACAUAAAUACACAUGAAUACAUGUAUAUAUACAAUACAGUAUAUUCACACCACCACAAUAAAGCGAAAAGAUUAUGAUUUGCUGAAGGCUUAGGUAAUGGUUAACAUUUUUUUUUUUUUAAUUUAAAUUUUUAUUGAGGAUUGGUAAUAUUUACAUGACAUCAUGAAAGCUAUACUUUUUCAUACAUUAACAUCAUAUCUAGUUUAGGUUACACAAUUGGAAUUAUUCCUCAUUUUUACAUUUAUUUCCCCUAAUACUGUAAUAACGGCCUCUCAUGGACCACAAAAGUUGAUGCAAAUCAUUUCUAGGGGUCAAUAUAAAACACUUUAAAGAUAUAAACACACAGAAAAGAAAAAUUACAGCUUUAAAAGGUAACGCAGAUAUGGCAGGAUGAACUUGGACAGAAUGCUGCAUGCGCCCUAGCUGAACACACCUAAAACACUAGCCCUCUAUAACUAUGUAAAUAAUACAUUCCUAGCUGUCUUGAAGAGUUUCAUCUCUAUCUGUGGAUUUUGGGAAGGGGUCUUUUUGUAUUUAUUUGCAUCUAUGUUGUGAUUUCAUGUGACACUCCAAUUACUUGGUCCACCAGGUUUGAGCAUUAUUUACCACUUUAAAUUUGUACAUUGAUGAAUUAUUUCCCACAAAAGAAGUAGCAGAACUUAAAAUGUUUUCUCCCACCUAAUACAUGCUUUAUCACUCCUGGAAGAAUUUUGCUAGAGUCCCGCCCUAGACCCCGGCCGUUAGACCCAGGGAGGGAACCUACAUCACAACCAGAUUCCAUCAUCCCAACAACCUCUGUAUUAAAAAGUCAGCUCCCAGGGGCCCCCACGCACCCCAGUAAGCCCCCUUCCGAAAUAAUAAAUUCAAUAAAGUACAUUCAAUACAGUUGUACGGGCAUAAUGGUUAACAUUUUUUAGCAAUAUAGUAUUUUUUUAUUAAGGUAUUUACAUUGUUUUUUUUUAGACAUAAGGCUUUUGCACACUUAAUAGACUACAGUAUAGUGUAACUAUAACUUUCAUAUGCACUGGGAAACAAAAAAAAAUUGUGUAACUCACUUUAUUGUUAUAUUCACUUUAUUGCGGUGGUCUGGAACUGAACCUGCAAUAUCUCAGAGGUACGCCUGUAUAUAUAUAAAGUACUGGCUAGGGGGCUGUGUGUAUGUUAGGCAGGUGGAACUCUUUAUAUUGGUGUGUGCAAGAGUCAGAGAGAACCUUUUUAUGAUAUAUAUUUGUAUAUAUGGUACUGGGGAGGGGGUUAUGUGUAUGUGAGGCAAAGGGAAGUCUUUAUAUUAGUGUGUGCAAGAGGCAGAGGGCAUCUUUUUAUAAUAAUGUAUAUCUGUAUAUAAGGUACUGGGGAGGGGGUUAUGUGUAUGUGAGGCAGAGGGAUUUUUUUAUAUUGUUGUGUGCAAGAGGGAGAUGGCACCUUUUUAUAAUAAUAUUUCUGUAAAUAAGGUACUGGGGAAGUGGCUAUGUGUAUGUGAGGCAGAGGGAACUCUUUAUAUUGGUGUGUGCAAGCGGCUUUUUUAAAUGCUCAAUAUAACUAUAGCACUGCUAUCACAACCAUUUGUUAUGUUCAUUAAGGUUAUCUAAAUUAAAAAGGAAAGGUAAGAGAAUAACUUGGAGGAAAAAGAAAAGGAAGAAAAGAAAGGGAAGUUUCACAGACAGAGCUGCUCAAAAUAUGGGUUUAGACGAGCCAGCAAGGUCGGGAGUGUUAUAUUUUAACAAUAAGGUCUAUUGCCUGCAUUCAUGUUCUAUGUAGCUGAUGUAAUGGGUGGAAUGGCCUGUGGGUGAUCAUUGGUGUUUGGGGUUCUGGAUAGAGAAUAAAAUGACUCCCAUUAAAAUUUCAUGUCAUUGAAGAAUGUGGAUUUAUUUUUCAACGCCCUUCCAGGAAGCGGUUAGUUUGCUAUAUUGCCAUCACAUAUGGGUCAUGUUUCCUUGUAUGUUACAUCCUCUCCAACAGUAUGCUGAGGAGGUUGGGUAUAUAUUUUUAAGCCCGAUUUGGGUGAGAUACCAACGUAGUAUAACCUUGAAGUUGAGUUCAAGGAUUUUGGGUGAGGUAGAGGAUUUGCAUGCGUUUUGAAUACAUUUUAGCCACUGCUUGGCAUCUAAAUUGGUGCCCAUGCCAUUGAGUGGUGUAGGAAGGGGGGAUAGGGAUUGUGUAUUGUGUAGCAAGGGUUUCGCUAUUGAGAGAGAGAGUUCUUAGCAUUCGUACCUGAAAGGCAGAUCUGCUCCAGGGGGGUAGGAGGUCUAAGUAGUUCCCGCCUGUGUGGCGAUGUGUAGAUAGAUAAAGUGAUGGAGUUGAGAGUAUUUAAGCCAGGUUGAGAAAGAGCCAAAUAGAGUGUGCUGCAUGUCAGUUCAAUUCUUCAAUUUGCCUUGAUCUAUUAGCUGCGCAAUGGGAAUUGAAUCUGAAAGUUCAUGUACUAUGUGUUCCUUUUUAUGUGUCUCGUAUCCUCCCAUAAAUUCAAUAUUCGGUAACACCGGUGUGAGUGGGGAAAAUGGAGUGGAGAGGGUUGGAUUUGUUUUGAGCAGGUGGUCCCAAGUACUAAAGACAUGCCUAUAUAUGGGGGAGGAAGCACAUGGAAGUGUGCACUUGUGCUUUGGGAGCCAACAGAGAGAUCCUGGUGUGGGGGAAUCUGAGUAGGUGGGAGUCUAGUGCUACCCAAGCUUUUAAAUUUGCUCUGCAGUGCCAAUCUAUUAUUUUCUGUAUAAUUGUUGCGUGGUAAUAUAAGUGGAUAUUCGGCAGGCCUAGGCCUCCAUUUUGUAGGGUUCUAUACAUUGUGUUUUUAUUGAUGUGGGGUCGGGUCUUGCCCCAAAUAAAGGUGUUUAUCGAUUUUUGCAGUAGGAGGAGAAAGGAUUUGGGUAAUGCUAGAGGCAUAGCUUGCAGGACAUAUAAGAUUUUAGGAGGAACUGACAUUUUGACUGAUUGUAACCUCCCCCACCAGGAUAGGGGUUUAUCUCUCCUCACUGAGGAGUGUUGUAUUGAUUUAAGUAGGGGGGGUAUAAUUUAGAGAGAAUAGUUGCUGAUAAUCUGGGGACAUCACUACCCCCAAGUAUUUCAGGCGUGAGGUUUGGAGCUUGAGCGGGCAUAUGUGCUGUAAAUUUGUGAAGUCUGACGGUUUCAUGAACAAAUUUAAUAUUUCUGAUUUACUGUAGUUGAUAAGGAAAUGUGAUAGAUUACUAAAUUUAUCAAAUUCAUUUUAUUGUGUAUUGUUUUAUACUCUUUUCACUGGUAUUACCAGGGAAGGCCAAGAUUACUAGAAAUUAACAACCUAAUAUAUCCCUGGCUAAUACUUUUUGUUAGUUCACCUUUUUGACUGGACAUCGCUAGGAAGAGAAAAGGGAGGUGCCUGAGGAUUAGCUUUAUAGGUAAAUCAAGGAGUGGUAGUUCUGUCCAUACCCCUUGGGGAGGGGUUCAUUACUGGUAAGUAUUAACCAGGGAUAUAGGCAAAGAUAUAGAAAUUGCUUAUAUUUGGUUGUUAAUUUCUAGUUAGCUGUAUAUAAGUUACUGGGGAGAGGGUUGAGUUUGUGAAUGAGAGAGAACCUCUCUAUAUUAUUAUAUAUUUGUGUAUAAGGGACUGGGAAUGUUUCUGUGUGUGUGAGUCAGAGACAACCUCUUUAUAAAAUUCCCAAAAAAAACAUGGAAGGGUUAAACCACCUUUGAAAUGUGUAUAAACAAAAGGGGUGGGGGGGAGUGAACACCUAUCCCAGCAAGGUUACCAACAUACACGCCAAUCAGUUGGGAGUUUAUAUUAAUAAACAGUGUAUGAAGUGUUUUUUGUAAGAUGAUUGUACCACAGAGAAUAUAUCAGUAAAUGCAAACACAGGCUAUUUUAUAUAGAGAUAAGAGUAACAUUCCACCUUUAUGUCAGUGAUUUGGACUUACCCAUACAGGUGUACCAUAUUAAUUAAUCUCCACUAAAGGGAGGUGGUUUGUUCUGUUUGUUAGUGAGGUAUAUAAGGCAGUGUUGGGUAGCAUUAUUUAUUAUUAUUUUUCAUGCCUGAUGAAACGGUCUGUGAACCGUGAAACGUGUUGCAUUAUUGGGUGUUCACAGGACACCUUAUUAUCCACUUAUAUCAGCAACCAUUGUGCUGUUGUUUUUAAACUUUUAUGCUUCUUUUAAUAAAUUUGGAUACAUUUUAUAUCCUGUGAGUGGAUUUUUUCUACCCACUAUCUGCCUUUGUCUACCUAUGAGAGACCAGCUCAGCACCUGAGAGAAUACACUGGGACUAUCAUUCAACAACAUUACCACUAUCAAGAUACCUCUAGUUUGGGUGAGCUGCCACACCUGCUCCAAUCUGCAGCCUGCUUCUACAAGCACAUUGGUGUGCUCUGGGAAUAUGUGAGUACCCUCCAUAUCAAGGAAUUUGUUUUUGUCGCACCAUUAAUAGUCUGCACAUGUGGUGCCCGUAUUUCUUGUCUCCCUUGUAGCACCUUUAACUUACGCCAAGAGUGCCUUCCAGUGGUGAGCUGUUACACCUAUAUAAAUCUACAGCCUGCCCCUACCAGCACAUAAAUGUGCUUUCCAAAUCUGUGAGUACCCAUUUGGCUUCAGAUAUGUUGCUUAAUAGAUGAUACUACACAUGAGGCGCCCCUCUAUUCUGUUUUAUUUUAUCUAGUGCUACCUGGACCUUCCGGUGAGGAGGAGGCAGCCGCCCCAGCAACCAUUACCUUGGAAAGAAUUUAUAAAGGACUUUUUCUACUGAUUACAAUUAUGCAGGUGUAGCUUUUCCUGACGUUUGUCAGUAAAGGAGAAACAUUAUAACAAGACGAUGUCUGACAAGACCAAGAACCAAACCUCAGAGCUUCCUGAUGCACACAGAGGGCUUCUAGAGGAAAACCCCGGCACUGGACUAUUAAAUGUGAAGGAAGAGGAUGAGACAGAUGACAUGAAUAGUCAUCAGACUGAAAUACAUUGGUCCCUCCCUGCUGAUAAAGAUAACACUGAUAUAGUGAAAGGUGAGAUAACAGAAGAUCUGUCUGUGAGGCGUCAGCUGGAAGCACCCGAUGUGGAAACCAGUAACAGUAUCAGCACAGGAUGUAUGGAUGUGACAUCUUCAGAUAGCUCAGCGGUUGAGUACAGAGGAGAACCGUAUGUGUGUGAUCACGUGAAGACUGAGGAGGAUGAAUUUCCUAUAAAUACAGCUGAAGGUGAUGUUAAGACUGAAGUUACACUUAAUGCUGAACAAACAAAUGAUCUGUAUGUAAAGAGUCAGCUGGAAGCUGUGAAGCAAGAAAUCAGUGACAAUAUCAGUACAGGUGAUAAUAAGACUGAAGUUACACUUUAUGCUGAACAAACAAAUGAUCUGCAUGUAAAGAGUCAGCCGGAAGAUGUGAAGCAGGAAAUCAGUGACAAUAUCUGUACAGGUGAUGUUAAGACUGAAGUCACACUUGAUGCUGAACAAACAAAUGAUCUGUAUGUAAAUACUCAACUUGAAGUUGUGAAGCAGGAAAUCGGUGAAAAUAAUAGUACAGGUAGCUUCACAAACUUCGAUGAUCUUAGUGCUGGUCAAGUCCCUGUAGGAAAUGCAUGUUCUAAAUGUGAAGAAUGUUUUACCAAGAAAUCAAAUCUUAUUAAACAUCAGAAAAUGCAUAAAGAAGAGAGAGGAUUUCCAUGUACUGAAUGUGGGAAAUGUUUUACUCUGAAAUCAACUCUUUUAACGCAUCAAAAAAAUCAUACAGACAAGAACAGAUUUUCAUGUUCUGAAUGUGGGAAAUGUUUUAUGUGGAAAUCACAACUUGUUAUUCAUCACAAAAUUCAUACAGGAGUGAAAGCAUUUGUAUGUUCUGAGUGUGGAAAAUCUUUUACCCAGGAAUCGCAUCUCGCUACUCAUCAGAAAAUUCAUACAGGAGAGAAAGCAUUUUCAUGUUCUGAAUGUGGGAAAUGUUUUACUCAGAAAUCCUCUCUUAUUAAUCAUCAGAAAAUUCAUACAGGAGAGAAAGCAUUUUCAUGUUCUGAAUGUGGCAAAUGUUUUGCUCUGAAAUCAACUCUUAUAACUCAUCAGAAAAAUCAUACAGAUGAGAAAAGAUUUUCAUGUUCUGAAUGUGGGAAAUGUUUUACUUGGAAAUCUCAACUUAUUACUCACCAGAUAAGUCAUACAGGAGAGAAAGCAUUUUCAUGUUCUCUAUGUGGGAAAUGUUUUACUCUAAACUCAACUCUUAAUCGUCAUCAGAAAAUUCAUACAGGAGUAAGAGAAUUUUCGUGUUCUGAAUGUGGGAAAUGUUUUACUUUGAAAUCACAUCUAAAUGAUCAUCUUAAAAUUCAUACAGGAGAAAAGGAAUUUUCAUGUUUUGAAUGUGGAAAAUGUUUUACUCUGCAAUCAACUCUUAUAAGUCAUCAGAAAACUCAUACAGGAGAAAGGGCAUUUUUAUGUUCUGAAUGUGGGAAAUGUUUCACUCUGAAAUCACAUCUUAUUACUCAUCAGAAAAUUCAUACAGGAGAAAAGGCAUUUUCAUGUUCUGAAUGUGAGAAAUGUUUCAUUCGUAAAUCAGCUCUCAUCGCUCAUCAGAAAAUUCAUACUGGAGAAAGGGCAUUUUUAUGUUCUGAAUGUGGGAAAUGUUUCACUCUGAAAUCACAUCUUAUUACUCAUCAAAAAAUUCAUACGAGAGAAAAGGCAUUUUCAUGUUCUGAAUGUGGGAAAUGUUUUACUCAGAAAACACAACUUAUAACUCAUCAAAAUAAUCAUACAGAUGAGAAAAGAUUUUCAUGUUCUGAAUGUGGGAAAUGUUUUACCUGGAAAUCUCAACUUAUUAGUCACCAGAUAAGUCAUACAAGAGAGAGAGCAUUUUCAUGUUCUGUAUGUGGGAAAUGUUUUAAAUUAAAAUCAACUCUUAUUCGUCAUCAGAAAAUUCAUACAGGAGAAAGAAUUUUCCUGUUCUGAAAUUUAGAAAUGUUUUACUCUACAAUCAACUCUGAGUCAUAAGAAAAUUAAGGCAUUUUCAUGUUCUGAAUGUGGGAAAUGUUUUAUUCAGAAACCCGGCUCUUAUCGCUAAUCCUAAAAUUCAUACAAGAGAGAGGACAUUUUCAUGUUCUUAAUGUGGGGAAUGUUUUACAACAUCUUAUCUCUUAUCCAAAAUAUUCAUAUUAAAAAUUGUAAUGUUUUGAAUGCAGGAAAUCAAAUCUUAAUCUCUUGAGUGUGUAGAAGGACACAGUCGUUAUCCAAGCAAGGUCUAGAGUGCUGAUGAUGACUACGUCUUCCUCCUUAGGGGAAGUGAGCACUUCCAGUACAGAUCACACUCCCAUGCACCUCAAGCAGUAACAAGGUGGCUGAGUGUCUUUGGCAUUAACAAUGGAAUCACAAAGUCCCAGAAACCUGGACAUGCCAGGCUGCUGCAGGCUAGAAAAGGGAACCGGUAGAGGGUAUUAAAACACCUUGGUCUCUGCUUCGUUAUGGCUUAGGAACCACCAUGACCUGCUCCCCUGCCUUUCAAACAUAUGAUUUGGGUAUAUAAAGUUUAAGCAAAUUUAAAAAAAGAUAAACAACAUUUUGGUAAUGAGGGGGUUUCUAUGGACAUCAAAAAGGCCUAAACACACCAAAGACCUUUUGUUAUAAAGCUAACAAGCCCCUCUUUCAAAUAAAGUCCCUAUAUAUAUUUGAAUAGGCAGGUAAUCAUUGUAGUAAUAGUAAUCUCCAGACAUAAAUAAAAUGUGCAUUUAUUUGAGUAGAGGCUCAUGGGAACUCCUAUAUGCAGAUCAAAUUGAUAUAAAUACAAGCCUUUGUGUUUAUUUAUACAAAGAUAAAUCCUUCAUUGAAAUCUAGGUACUGUUGAGGGCAUUGUAGUCAGGUGAUCACUAAGGCAACAGCAAUUUACUAGCUCAAAUUUAAAUUGACCAGGUGCAUAAGUAUAAAAGGUAGUAUUUUAGUAUCUUAAUUUAUAUUAGACAAAAUAAAAUUACGUAUCUCCUGAGAAAGAAUAAUGCAUAUACUUUAUGUAUAUUUUCUUGUCAAGCACAAGUUGUAGUUGCACAAAAUAAAACUAACAAUAAAAAAAGAAAACAUUAUA